AUGGGAGGCUACCUAUCAUCGCUGUCGAAACUCGUAUGGGCAAAGAAAGAGAUUAGGAUAUUGAUCNUUGGGCUUGNNAUUGGCGAAGUCGUUACCACCAUUCCAACAAUAGGCUUCAACGUCGAGUCCGUUAACUACAAAAAUCUCAACUUCAAUGUUUGGGUAUGCGCCCCUGAUAUUCUCUCGUCCUCGGCCUGCCGUCUGACACGUCACAUAGNNGAUCUAGGAGGUCAAACAUCUAUCCGCCCGUACUGGAGAUGUUAUUAUGCCAACACAGCCGCUGUCAUUUUCGUCAUUGACUCGACUGAUGUCGACCGACUUUCUACCGCUGCUGAUGAGCUUUCGGCAAUGCUGAACGAGGAGGAACUGCGUGAUGCUGCCUUACUAGUCUUUGCGAACAAACAAGAUCAACCGGGUGCCAAGGGUGCUGGUGAUAUCAGUGAAGCUCUUCGCUUGGGCGAGCUCAAAGACAGGAACUGGACUAUCGUGGCUUGCAGUGCUAUCGAUGGUAGAGGUGUGUCGGAGGGCAUGGAUUGGAUGGUCGUACGUUUAAACCAACUCGCUGCCGCUGUCGCUUAUGCGGUUCUCCCCAAAUUGGUCAUGAACUAA